AUGUCAGAUACCGAGUAUCAUACCCCCGAAGAAGAUAUGGUUGAUGAUUUGGAUGACUCGGUAACCGUCGAAGAAUGUAUAUCCAAAGCAAACACAUAUAAGGCAUCAGGAAAUGAAUUAUAUAAACAAUCCAAAUUUAAAGAUUCGUCUGAAUGUUAUGAGAAUGGAAUCACGUGGAUUAAAAAGAUUGAGAAUUUGGAACCUUCCCACAAACAACUAUUGAGUAUACUGUACAGUAAUCUAUGUGCUACGUGUAUUGAAACCUGUGAUUACACAAAGGCAAAAGAAAACGCAGAUAACGCAAUAUUAAACAACAAGGACAACGUGAAGGCCUACUAUCGCCGAGCGCAAGCUCUAUUUAACACAGGGUCCUUCGAACAGGCGCUGAAAGAUUGCGACCACCUACUGAAGUUGGAUAAAAAUGACCCUAACGUAAACAAUCUAGUUAGGAAAAUAAACCAGAAGAUGAAGGCCUCAGAAAAGGAACAGAAGAAGGCGUUCGGUGGCCUAUUUUCAAAAGUGGGAGGGUUGUACGACGACCGCCAAAUUGAAAUGCAAAAUAAAAAACAGAAAAAGUACGAAGACUACCUGAAGGGACAAAGAGAAAAGGGAGAAGAUGAAAUGGACUUUGAAGCAUGGGAGAAGUUUGAACAGGACGAAGAAGCGAAGAAGGAAGUGGAAAGAACAAAUAAAGUAAAGGAAGAAGACGUUAAAAAAAGUAAAACACAGGAAGAUGAAACGCCGGAAUUUGAUGAAGAGGAUCAGAAAAUAAUAAAUGAAACGAAAAAGAUGGGAUACUGUUACUUUGGAAAGAAGAAGGAAGACACGACAGAAGAGGCAACACCAACAAACAGAAACAAUAGUACAGUGUUGCCAGUUAGGCAAACAGUAUCGCCGGAAUCGAAAGUUAGUCCAGGAAGCGUCGAAAAGAGCAAUAUCAUCGUGGAAUGCACAGGGCACAACUUACGAGGAGAAAGGUUCGUUGAAAAGAAGAUAUGGAAAAACGCAAGUUCAGAUAUGACACAAUGGUGUAAGAGGAAACUGGAAGAAGUGCUGAUGAAAGCAUCGUACGCAAAUGAACCGAACCCAAAUGACUCGAGCAAAAACAUACUGGAAAUGUUCAACGAUAUAAAUCUGGAUAACUUGGACAACGGAGGCCUCUCGAAGUUGCAGAAACUGGCAGGAAUGGUCCAUAAGAGCAGCAUUGAGCCCAAAUCAGUGGAAGCACUGGAGGGAGAUGCACAAAUAGCAUUCAUAAGAGGAACAAGAAGAUACCUGUUCGAUUUCAGCUGCAACAUAAACCUGGAAAUAAAAAUUGAUACGAACGUAGGAACCACAAAGUCAGAAGGUGAAAAGGAUGAAGCACAAGUGUCAACAUAUAAAGGAGAGUUGGAGCUGAAGGAAAUAUCAAGUGAAAUGGAAUCAGGAAAGAGCUGGAAGGACUACAUGAAAGUAAAAUAUAAGUCGAAGAUUAAGUCAGAACACGAAGAGCUAGCGAAGGAUAUGAUGGAAAUAUUUAAGCAAAGCGUGUCAGAAAAAAUAGAAGAAUUUCUGUCAGAAUAUAAAAAACAGUAA